AUGGAGAACGAAAUAGCUGUAAUCUCAAUCUGCACGCAGACCAGCACUCCCUCUCCUCCUCCUACUCCAGUGUCUCAAGACCUCAGCAACAACACCUCUCCCUCUCACCAUGCCCCCCGCUUUGGCACCAUCAUCCCUAACCGCAUCUUUGUGGGAGGCAUUGAUUUCAAGACCAAUGAGAGCGACCUGAGACGCUUCUUCUCCCAGCAUGGAGCAGUGAAGGAGGUGAAGAUAGUGAUUGACCGUGCUGGGGUGUCAAAAGGAUAUGGCUUUGUUACCUUUGAGACGCAGGAGGAUACAGAGAGAAUCCUUCAUGAUGCUGACAGACUGUGCUUCCGGGACAAGAGGCUCAACAUCGGCCAGGCCGUCCGCAAGCAACAAGUGGGAGGUCACCCAAACAGCUUCUCUGUGUCCAGCCAUACUCCUGCCAUGAUGCCCACCCCCUGUGGAACCAUGUACCUCACCACCUCUACGGGGUACCCCUACACCUACCACAACGGAGUGGCUUACUUCCACACCCCAGAGAUGAGCCCCUCCGCUCCCUACCACUGGCCUUCCCGCUCAGUGCCUGGCUCUCCAGUCAUGCUGACCCACCAGUCUCCACCCAUCUACCAGCAGCCGGCCUACCAUCACUACCAGGCCCCUACACAGUGUCACCCUAGUCACCUGCAAUGGAACGUUCCUCAGUCUCCAGUGCCCUCCAGCCCAGUGUUGUACAUGCAGCCCUCUGAGCUCCUGUACCAGCCCAUGGAACAGCCCAACGACGGGGGCUGUGUCCAGCCUGCCAUGCCCCUCAUAGAGGCCCCCAUCCCAGAGGAACAGAAGUUCCACGCCAUGAGGCGAGGUUACCCCUCCUCGCCGGUCACCCUGAAGCCCAGGUACGGCCGCAACCCGCACUACGCCCACCUGCGCAAGGAGUACCGCCCAGAAAUCACCACUGACCCCUCCCCUCCGCCCGCCACCGAACCACUCUAG